UAAGAUUUGGUUUAGACGAGACGGUUUCAAAAACACAAAAAAUUAGGUUUAGACUGGAUACAAUUUUCAAUCGAAAAAACAAUUAGGGCUUGGUGAAAGUGUGGAAAUUCUGAAUCAAUGGAGGUUGAGCGUAGAACAUACGAAGAAUUUGAAAGAUAUGAAGACGGAUUUGAUGAUUUCUUGAUGAAAUACGUGGAUGAUAAUGAUGAAGGUAAAGAAGACGGAUUCGAUGAAUUUCUGAGGAAAUACGCGUAUGAUAAUGAUGAAUUGUCGAAUGCGGAAUAGAGUGAUUAUGACAAUGAGUUGAAGAUCUUGAAGAAUUUGUUCCAGAAAAUUAAUCUCUCUACCAAGAAUCGUGAAUUGCACGCCUUGAAUUACAUUGAAAUUAUGAACAAGUUCAAAGAUGUUGUGAUUGAUGUUUCUGACGCCUGCACUAUUCAAGUUGAUGCUCUUGAAUUGAUUUCACAAUUGAAAGACCACUUCGCUUACUAUAAUCUCACCGGCUUCUUUGUUGAUUGUCACCUCAAAUACAACCUUGAGAAUUUUGAUGAUCCGAUAAAGUACAACUACGAUGAAAGAGUUUGUGGUGGUUUAGGGGCAGUUGAUGAUGUGGAAUCUCACGCCGAAUUAGCCCGUGAAGCAAUCGAUAAGUAUAACCAUCACAAGGGAGCAAAGCUGAAGUUGGUGCGGAUGAUAAAGAUGAAUGUUAUGUUUACCUUUCUUAUUCGUUACUGUUUCGGGUGAAAACAAUGGGACCUUGCCGAAGGUCCGCUGAAACGGA